CUACUUCCGCUGCCGGUAGAGUGAACGUGAACUGCCAAAAAGGAGAAGAGGGGUGUUAAAGCAGAAGUGGCAGAAAACUAAAAGACUGUGCCUUUAGUACUAUAGAGUUGCAGCCAAAAAUAAUAAAUUAUCGCGUCAAAGAACUUUGAAAGUCCUUCGACUCAAGGUGACCGACAAUGGCUGUGAACGUGUACUCAACCUCAGUGACCAGUGACAAUUUAAGUCGUCAAGACCUGCUGGCCUGGAUCAACGAAUCUCUGCAGAUGAACCUCACCAAGAUAGAAAUGUUGUGUUCAGGUGCUGCUUACUGCCAGUUCAUGGACAUGCUGUUCCCCAACUCUGUGCCUCUGAAGAAAGUGAAAUUUGCUGCCAAGUUGGAGCAUGAGUACAUCCAGAACUUCAAGCUCCUGCAGUUUGCCUUCAAAAAGAUGGGCGUCGAUAAAAUCAUUCCAGUAGACAAACUGGUAAAGGGAAAAUUCCAGGACAACUUUGAGUUCAUCCAGUGGUUUAAGAAGUUCUUUGAUGCCAACUAUGAUGGGAGGGACUAUGAUCCAGUGGAGGCGAGGCAAGGCCAAGAAACCACGCUCUCACCCAACCCAUCUAUGUCAGCCCUCAACAAACCACCUAAGAAGGCCCUCAGCCAAGGUACACAGAGGCCACCUGUUGCCAAGGUAGCUCCCAAGAUGGCUCCCAGCGGUGCGAGGAAGGCUGGGAUGGGAGGGGCUAGCGACGAAAGGGCUGAGCUCCUGCAGGAGGUAGAGAUCCUGAAAACGACCAUUCAGGACAUGGAGAAGGAGAGGGACUUUUAUUUUGGAAAGCUGCGAAACAUUGAGCUGAUUUGCCAAGAGAAGGAGGGAGAAGGCGACCCCACACUGCAGAGGAUUGUUGACAUCCUCUACGCCACAGACGAGGGUUUUGUGAUACCAGAUGCUGAGGACCAGGAGGAGUUUUAAUCCUGAGAAGAUCAAACACCGUUCUCAUCGAUGUCCUCCCCUACAAACUGCCGCUCGGUCAACCCAGUUCUUCCGUGUUAUCUUACUCAAACAAUACCAGGUGGUCUUUUAAGGAACACCAACCCUGAUCUUCUUACAUCAGGCCAAAUUCAGCUCCCACACAGGUCCACUCCUGCUUUACUGAAAUGCGACCUUAUUCAUCAAGCUUUGAUCACUGCCUCUUCCUGCUUACACACAGCCCCACAUUUCCACUCUGACGUGUAGUUCAUCCCCCCCCACGUGCCAUGUUGUGUGCCGUUUGUGUUUG